GAAUUGCCCUCAAUAUAAACUCGUAUUUACAAGCGUGCCUUUUCCUCAGAUCCCUCAAUCCCGGUAGAACGAUGGUUCCCGGGAAACGAGUCCGGAACACGGCUUUGCUUCUCUGUCUUACCUUCGUUGCUUUUUCAAGUUUUUCUUCCGUUGCCUUUUCCUACGAAUCUUCUUUGGCUGUUGGGGAGUUCAAUAAGACAUUGCAGUUAACUCCUGGCUUGCAAGUGGAGAAGUCUCCAGGUUUAAAGCCUGGAACUAGAGUUGUUUGUGAAAGAGUUCGCAUUGAUGGUUUGUCUAGGUUUAGGAAUCUGAAGAAGUUUGCUCAUUCAGUUAAGGUGAAGGUUUCACAAGGGAAUUCCACCCUACGCAUACCGAAUGUUGAAGUUUGUUUCCAUAGGAAUGCUUCACUUGGGAUAGGGAUGUGCCCUCAAGGCAAGUGGGAGAAGGUUUCAAAGGGUUUAUGGGCUAAACCCAUGUCUCCUUUUGAUCACAAGCUCUUAGAUAUACGGAUGACCAGUUCAUCCACACAGACCCUUGAGGUGUCCAUUGAAGAGGAAUUUUUCCCAUAUCGUAUAAUACUUUUAAUAUUGGGCAUUGUGUUGUGGAGUGUGUCCUAUACCCUAAGCCAGUCAUUAGUAUUUUACUACAGCAGUGCCAUGGCAGUUGGGGUCAUCCUUGUGGUAUUGAUAGUCCUGUUUCAGGGAAUGAAGCUUCUCCCAACUGGUCGGAAGAACUCACUUGCAAUUGUUAUAUAUUCAUCUAUGGUUGGUUUGGGAUCUUUUCUUCUCCGCUAUUUACCAGGAUUGUUGCAUUCGAUACUUUCAGAUAUGGGAAUCACUGAAGAUAUGUAUAAUCCUUUGGCUAUAUUUCUGCUGGGUUUUGUUGUUCUGGCUGGAGCUUGGUUGGGCUUCUGGGUUGUCCGCAAACUUGUCCUAACUGGAGACGGGUCAAUUGACAUAAGCACAUCUUACUUUGUUGCUUGGUCCAUACGGAUAGUGGCUGCUAUAAUGAUGCUUCAGAGUUCUAUGGAUCCCCUCCUUGCAGCAGAGGCAUUUUUAUCUGGGUUAAUGCUCUCAUCAGUAUUGCGUAAAGUCACUAGAUUGAGAUUCCUUCGCCGUGUGUACAAGAAGUUGUUCAAGUUAGCCAAAGUCAUUGGAAGAAACACUCGUAUUCCUGAUUUAUCAUCAGAUCCAUAUUCUCAUGAUGAAUAUACAUACAAGAGACCUGAAGACUCUAAUUUCCUUAAGCGACGGUCUAAACACUUUCCCAUGGCUUCUUGUAAUACUUCCAUGCAAGGUAUUACCAAUACAUCUCCUAGUCAGCUGUCAGAUAUGGACUCUUACCCUUCCAUUAUUCACAACACACCAGAGAGGAGAAAAUUUUCAAAAGGUGAGUGGGAGAAGUUCACAAGAGACUCCACGAAAAGGGCCGUUGAAGAACUUGUUUCUUCACCUGAUUUCAGCAAAUGGGCAGCCGCCAAUGCUGAGAGGAUCACUGUAGCACCCAGCAAUAGUUCUACCAGUGCUUCUGCCCGAAAUCGUUGGUGGUUUCUUUGGUCUUAAGUAGCUAAUUGUCCAUUGUAGAUUCAAGGCAGUGCAGUUGAAAGAUGCUGGCAAAUUCAAAACAAACAUUCGGCAUUUUAAGGUUUGAUGGCCGAAGUUUUGGGAUAACUAAGAAUGAUGUCAAUGUUGUACUAGAUAUAUAAAAGUAUAAUUCAUGUACAAAAUCUUGUGUUAGAUCUGGGGACUGACUAAAAAAGCAAGUUUCUCUUCAACUCUAAGCCAUUAGGUAGGUGCCAAUUCUAUGUGAUGUAACUUAGUACGUGACUGAAGGAUAUCAGGUAGGGAGCCUUAUUUUUAUUGUUAUGAACUUCUAGAUUUUGAUAUUUUCAAGGUUAGAAUUUAAGUGCAUCUCACUUAAAUUUCAUGUGGUUUUCAUGUCUUAUUUAUUUGGACGUGUAUUAUAUAAAAGAAAGCAACGUUUUUCUCCAAAAGAAACAUAGAAGGGGUUAUUAUGAAACGAAAGUUACGUUUGAAGUAGCGGCCCGCUUUUUUAUUUGAAUUUGACAAAUUAUACAAUUUAGCGUACAGUUGAAGGGAUAAAAAGCUAGGUGUUUUAAGCAGAGUUUCAAACUCAGAAUCGAUUAUUUAGGAUAAAAAGUUGAAAACCAAGACGAUAAGAGUCAAAAAAGUGCUUCUAAAAUAAACAAAAGAGAAAAUUGACGCAUAAUUUUGAAAAAUACAGCCAAAAGGUACAUUUCACAUCAUAUCAUGCAACGGGUAAAAUUUGCCAAAUGGAUCAUGAUGUAAAAUGCAUGUUUCGACAAUGGAUGUCGAUUUUCUAUGUAAAUGUGCCCAUUGCUCUGCUGGACUGCAAAAGAAUAAUCAUGGCCUCAACUCAAAUGAAGUGGGAAUAGCUUAGUUGGCUGGGCGGUUCCACACUACAAUAGGGAUAAAACAACUUCUAGGUGAAACUCGGAAGCCACUCUUCAACUAUACAUUGAACUGUGAAAGAUGCCAAAUUCCUAUUCCUUUACUUGAUGGUGUUCAUCUUUUAUCUUUUUCUUCAUCAUAAAAAGCUGAAAAAAGAAAACAGCGUCUAUAUUCGUCCGUUGUAGAGUGAAGAGUCGGUUUAGCACCUAUGGAAACUUCUUCCAGGCUUCCUUAGGCUUACCCCUUUUACCGAUUUAUCAGUUACCUACAUAAAAUCAUCCUCGAUUCUCAAGAACCCAGAGUUUGUUUUUGUGUUUUGGUCCAAGUCUUCUUUUACUUUGUUCAGAAGAAAAGCGAAAAGAAUAUCAAAACCAAGAAAUUCUGUUAAGAGAGAGAGACAUUUAAGAAGAAGAAGAAGAAGGAAGUAAAGAUGAGUUACUACAAUCAGCAGCAACCUCCUGUUGGUGUUCCUCCUCCUCAAGGGUAUCCUCCAAAGGAUGCAUAUCCACCGCCAGGGUACCCAGCUGAAGCUUACGCCUACCCUCCUCCACAGUACGCAGCACCUCCUCCUAGGCAGCAGCAGGAAACCGGUUUCCUUGAAGGAUGCAUAGCAGCUCUCUGCUGUUGUUGCCUUCUGGACGCUUGCUUCUAAGGAGAAUGAAGAGAUCAGCUUGGUCAUUUGUCCAUAGUUGAUCAUUUAAUAUGUUUUUAGUAGAUUAAAUCAAGGGAAAUUACUUUUAUCCAAUGUGUAUGGAUUUUAUUUAUUCGGAUUUGAAUGUAGAACAUGAAGAUUUUUAUCCCUUAACUAUAUCAGAACAUCUGUUUUUAAUUCAACCAGUAGCAUAUAUUUGAUCUUUUCUCAUGCAUGAUUUUGUAAUGUGAUUUGUGAAGAAAAAGCCUGGAAUGUUGCUUCUGGAAAGUGGGAGAGAAUAGCUUCUCAUUUUUCUCACAUGCCGUGAGGUUUUAAUUCGAUUCC